AUAAGGACAUAUGCACGGUGACUCUCGACAAAACAGUCUGUAUGCUACAUUUUAUUAAACAAGAAACUAAACAACCACAAGUUAGCUCUUGAGAUUGUAAUGAUUACAAAGCUAUAGGACAAAUUGGGACAACUGCCAUUCAGAUGAACUCUACAGGACAAAAUGAGCCAGAGGAAACCAGCAAACCUUCGGGCGUUGCCAGGACCCUUACUCUGACUGUGUGCUCUGCUGCUAUUGGAGGCACCUUCCAAUAUGGCUACAACAUCUCAAUCAUCAAUGCUCCCACCAGCUAUAUCCAGAACUUCAUUAACAAUACCUAUAUGGAGCGCUGGGGGACAGGUUUGGAUACCCCCCAGGUGACCCUGGUGUGGACUAUUAUCGUGUCAGCUUUCUCAUUGGGUGGCUUGCUAGGGGCCCUGCUGGCAGGGCCUAUGGCUGUCCGCUUUGGUAGAAAGAAGUCCCUGCUUUUGAACAACACCUUCCUACUUGUUGGUGCUGUGCUCGUACUGACAUGCAAGGUGGCAAAAUCGUUUGAGAUGAUCAUCAUUGCUCGUUUUCUGGUGGGCAUGAACUCCGGUGUCAGUAUGAACGUCCAGCCUAUGUACUUUGGAGAGAGUGCUCCCAAACACCUCAGAGGUGCCGUGGCUUUUUCCUCUUCCGUUUUCACUGCAUUUGGGAUCUUCUUUGGUCAGAUUGUGGGAAUCAGCGAGUUACUAGGAACGGAGCCUCUUUGGCCGUACUUAUUAGCUAGUAAUGCCGUACCAGCAUUGAUCCAACUAGUUACCUUACCCUGGUUCCCAGAAAGCCCUAGAUACCUUCUUAUUGACCGUGGAGAUAGGGAAGCAUGUAUCCAGGCUCUUGGAAGACUCCGCGGUGGGGAAGCUCCUGCUUUGGAGAUGGAGGAAAUGCUUCAGGAACAACAGCAGCAAAUGUCAGCAGCUUUAAAAACUGGCUCUGCAGUCCCCUCCAAGACGCCUUGGUCCUUGUUCAAGGACCCUAACCUACGAUCCCAGCUCAGGACGGUCAUGGCUGCUAGCAGCGCUAUGAUGCUCUGUGGCAAUGAUUCUAUUUACUUCUAUGCAUCCUACAUUUUCCUUGAAGCAGGGAUACCCCCAGAGAAAAUACAGUACAUUACCAUUGGAACGGGGGCAUGUGAGUUUACCGCUUCUGUUCUGAGUAACCUCCUGAUUGAACGUGUGGGCCGCAAGUACCUUCUCGUUGGGGGUUACACUCUUAUGAGUUGUUGGAGUAUAGUUUUUACUGUAGCUCUUACCCUUCAGAGCCAAGGGCUGGCAGGGAUGCAAUACCUCAGCAUGGCAUGCGUGUUCUCCUACAUCCUCAGCUUCGGCUUAGGCCCUGCAGGGGUAACGGGGAUCUUACCAGCUGAGAUCUUCGACCAGGCAGCUCGGCCAGCUGCAUACAUGGUUGCAGGCUCUCUAAUGUGGAUCAGCCUGUUCACGGUGGGAAUGUUUUUCCCCUUCAUUGUGAACGGCCUUGGUAACUACUGCUUCCUGCCUUUCUUAGCUGUGUGUUUGGUGUCUGCUGUGUUUUUGGGGAUAACUAUGCCAGAGACAAAGGGCAAGACUCUGGCUCAGAUAACAGCUGAGUUUGAUAAAAAAAAUGGAGAUAAAACUAUGGAAAUGCUAAACAAGCAAGUUGAUGAGUCUCAGAAUGAUCAAUACCAGCUGGGAAAAGCAUGCUCCUUUACCACCUUGACACAUGAUCCUGAAUCCAACUGUAAAAGCGAGGACUGAAAUUUGACUUCCAAGAAAAGUUUAAAUGGAACAGCCAGUGCCUUUGUGGUAUCUUUGUGCACUUUCAAGUUUUUUUCAUGUUGAUGUUGUAGUAGAGUCCUAUGUAAGAAGAAUAAUCUAUGGAAUGAUUGAUUGUACCCAUUACUAGUAGUAAUUAAUAUUUUGCGUACACAGAAAACUCAACUAACUUCCUUAAUCAUACAGUUUGCUCGCAUGUAACUGAAUACAAAAAACAAAUAGAUUGUAAAACAGCAAAUAACACCUUCCCAAUGACUACGGACAGAAGAUUACACUUUACAGCCAUACGAGAAACAAUUUGAAGUGGCAGUCAGAUAAACAGCCCAUAAAAUGUUCUUUUAGCUUUUUGAUGCAAGUCAUAACACCUAAACUUUGUGAAAGAGGUAGCCAAGAGGACAAUAUACCUCAAAUUUAACAAGCUAAUCUGUAUUCAGUACUCACACUCUAAAAGUCUAAUCAGUAAAGCCAGUGUUUGCAGCAGAGUGAGUAAUCAUGUGAACUCUAAUUGAACAUGGCUGCACCAGGAAAGAUAACUGUUUGUUUUAGAUUAUCCAGCUCAGUGAGCUAUGCCAAUGAAAGUUUUCCUAUGCAGUGAACCAAAUCAGAAUAUUCACUUUUUGGAAUUUUUGUGGGGUUUUAUCAGCUUGAUUGUAUGUGUAAUUUAACUAUAUUAGUUACCAUUCGGACCAUAAGGGUUUUUAUUUCUAUAAUGAAAUAUAAAUACAUGUUUUUUUCUGAAUUUGUGUGGGCAACUCCUCAAAAUGAUCAGUAGAUGUCACCAUCGUCCUCAUGGCCUCCUCUCUUAAGUGCAACAUGAAGAAAUAUGAUAUGAAAAUGCAUUCAGCAUAAAGACUCAGGCAAUGAUGGCACUUUGAAAUUCAACAGCUGGCAUUUCACAACCCUCUCAAGCCUUCUGUGGACCAUCUGCCACAGGUUCUGUAUGUUCUUUAAUCAGCCUAUGUCGCUUUUGAUUGCUAGAAUGAGUCAUAUAUGCAGAUAUUUAUGGACGUAUGCACUGUUGUUGCAUGUAGCAUGGUCUGUGCACAUAUUGAAUCAAGCUGUUGUUGUAUGAUACUGUUCUUCCAAAGAAUUUUAUGACAAUCUCCUGUGAUGGUAAAUGCCUGGCAAAAUUCACCUUGUAUGAUUCUCAGGCUGUAUUUUUUAUUUAUUCUAUUUUUAUUUAUGAGGCUAAUUAUUUAUUUAGUCAUAUUUAUUCAAGGAAAAUACCUACUGCAUGUACAACAACAAAUAAAAACAAUAGUGGCUACACUUGUCUUCUUAAUGUUCCAGUUACUUUAAGUGGUUCCGCCUGCUGCUUUUUAAAUUAGAUUUAACCUCCAUCACUGUAACUCCUUUCACUCCUCUGCAUUUAAAUCCAACUGCUUCCACCCACUCAUAUUAAAAGUGUUAGCCUGAUACAGCUAUUUAUAGAAACAUGUGCUGUUU